AUGGCACCGCGAGCCAGAAAGAAUGUCACGUAUGGAUCAUUCACUUGCUCAAGAUACUCGACCACGUCUCUCUUUUCUGGCUCUUCAGCGACCCACUGUCUGAUCCUCUUAGCCGAGUUGAUGCCCCAUGCAUGCAUAUCGGUCAAGACCUUUGCGCUCAGGGGAGGAUUCGGACGGACCUUGCAGCGAAGGCGCAGGAAGCUGAGAAAGGCCUUGGGAUGGGCUGAUUGCAGCCCGACAGCUUUAUCAAACGCCCGGCAGGUGGUCAGCUUUGAGAAUUUGACGUGGUGGCCCAUCUUGGUUCCACCGUCUUUGGUGCAUGUCUUCCAGGCCAUUUCGUAG